CUACAAAACCUGGUUCGGGUGCCCAUCUCAUUUCUCCUUAAUCAGUUCAACAAAUUCCUUUAAAAAAAAUUUUUUUAACCACUAUUUUUUUGUUAUAUCACACCCGAAAGAUCGUGGAAAUUAUUCAUAAAUUUUUAUUGGGUGAAAAUAAAAUCUCAUUCCGUUAAUGAGGAGAAGUGAGAUUUUGUUGAUAUAUGAAAAAUUCGAUCUCGUGGUUCAAUAAUGCCAGAGAUCGAGGUUGAAGACGGAACCGGCAGCGAGCAGCCGGAGUUGCAUCCGGAAGCUGCGCUGUUCGGCAAGUAUGAGAUCGGGAAGUUGCUCGGUCGCGGCGCGUUUGCCAAGGUGUAUCACGGAAGGAACGUACGUACAGGACAGAGCGUGGCGAUUAAGGCCGUGUGUAAGCAGAAGAUCGUGAAAGGGGGACUCAUGGGGAACGUGAAGAGGGAGAUCGCCAUCAUGCGCCGGCUGCGUCAUCCGCACGUCCUCAAGCUCUUCGAGGUGCUCGCCACCAAGACCAAGAUUUUUUUCGUGAUGGAAUUAGCCAGAGGAGGGGAGUUGUUCGCCAGGAUCGCCAAGGGUCGGUUCAGCGAAGAUCUCAGCCGUCGGUAUUUCCAGCAGUUGAUUUCCGCCGUCGGAUAUUGCCAUUCCCGAGGCGUGUUUCAUCGCGAUUUGAAACCAGAGAAUCUCCUCCUCGACGAGAAUUGGGAUCUGAAAGUCUCGGAUUUCGGACUCAGUGCCGUCAAGGACCAGAUCCGACCCGACGGUCUCCUCCAUACUCUCUGUGGGACUCCUGCGUACGUGGCGCCGGAGAUUCUAGCGAAGAAAGGCUACGACGGUGCGAAGGUCGAUGUCUGGUCCUGCGGCGUCGUCCUCUACGUCCUUCAGGCCGGUUACCUUCCUUUUAACGAUCCGAACCUGAUGGUGAUGUAUCGGAAGAUUUACAAUGGCGAAUUCCGGUUCCCGAAAUGGACACCUCCCGAUCUCCGCCGGUUCUUGUCCCGCCUUCUCGAUCCAAAUCCCGAUUCGAGGAUCACCGUCGACGAGAUCCUUCGUGAUCCCUGGUUCAGAAAAGGCUACAAAGAGAUAAAAUUCCAUUGGGAGGAUUUUGACCCAAAACCCGAACCCGACGAAAAUAAGUGUUUAAAUGCCUUCGACAUAAUUUCAUACUCUACAGAUCUCUCCGGCUUGUUCAAUGAGGCGGUUGAACCCGUUCAUAGUGAACGGUUCGUAUCGGCCGAGAAACCGGAGAAGAUAAUACAGAAAAUCGCGCAGGUAGCUUGGUCGGAAGGGCUGAAGGUGAAGAAGAACAAGGAGUGGGGGCUGAGGCUUGUGGGACAGAAUGGUAAUUUUGCUGCGGCGGUGGAGAUUAACCAGUUGACGGAGGAGCUGGUGGUGGUUGAGAUUAAGAGGCGGGAGAUGGACGCUAGUUCUAGCCGAGAAAUAUGGGAAGCUAAACUGAGGCCGAAGCUUAAUGAUCUUGUUUACAAGCCGGAAAAGCCAGAAGGGCCGGAAUCGGGGAAUUAAAAGUGGAAUUGGCUUCUGGAUUUUACAGUUAGCGUAACUUGUAUUUGCUAUUUUAUGAUUCGGGAAAUGUACAUAUGGGAAAUAAUGUGUCGCCGGAAAAUCAUAACAGAGGCAGAUAACCAUCGGGUUUCAUGUUAAUGGUUUUUGCCUGGAUGUGAAUGAUGGUUCUCAAUAUUUAGCUUUUGUAAUUUUUUUUUCUUCUUUGUUUGACUUGCUUUCUCCAUUUUCAUUUUCUUUGCAUCUUUGCCUUUAGAUUAUGAUUUUUGCACCCCCCCCCACCCCUUUUUUUUU